AUGGGUAAUGAUGCUAUUGCGCGAGUCAGUGUCAAUGCAAUUGAUGAUCUAAAACUAUAUGUUGAAACUAUUGUUGAUAUUCAUACAAAAUUUGUUAAAAUUGUACAAGAAGGUUUUAAUAGUGAAAAAGCUUUUGUUGAUAUUGUUGACAAACUUUCGCAAAAAUUUAUUAAUAAUAAUGCUAUAACAGAAGCUGCUGGUAGUACAAAAAAAUCAGCUGAAUUUCUAGCUCGAUAUUGUGACGAAGUAUGCGGUAUUGAAUAUACGUCAAAAUUACAACGGAUGUUGCAAGUUAUUGGUGUUAGUAAAAAUUUAACUGAUCAAUAUCGAAGAUAUUAUGAAAAUAAUAGAAUUGAUAAUAUUGGUAUCAUAAGACUAAAUUUAUUGAAAAGUAAAUUAAUCACAUGUUCAGAAAUUAGUCAUGAUAAACUUAACGAAGACUUGAAUGAAACUAAUAUUAAAAUGAAUUAUCAUAUUCAAAUAGCUGAUGAUUUUAAAAGGUUAUUUGACAUCAAUCAUGUACUAAUGCAAGAAGUUCGUCAACAAUUAAGUUCACGUUUUAAACCUAAAAUAUCAGCGAUUGAAGUAAAUUUUUAUUUUGAUUCAAAUUAA